AUGUCACAACCACCGACCAUACAAUCAACGCUUGCACAGGACAAGAAUGUAACCUAUAUCGAUACCAUACAAGCAUACGAUCAAUGGGCCGAUGUCUACGACACAGAUGGCAACUUCCUCCAGGCCCUCGACACAAUUGAGAUGAUGUCUCUGCUUCCCAAUUUCUGGACUCAAGUGAAGGAUCGAGCAGAAAAGACAGGUCGUCCAGACUGUAAACUGGUUGACCUGGGGUGUGGUACAGGCAGAAAUACAUUGCAACUCCUCGAUAUCGUUUCUCAAGAUACGCAAAAAGAAAAGAUUCACAUCAUCGGCGUCGACGCCUCAAACGGCAUGCUAGAUGUGGCCCGACAAAGAAUCAAUGAUUUCCAGAGCCCAACAACGAGCAUAGAAGUGAAAUUAGCACCAUUCGACCUCCUCGCUGCUCAAUCUCCAAUAAACACCCAAGCCCGCGAACUUCUGCAAAAUGCAGAUGGAAUUAUCUCAACCCUCGUCCUUGAGCACAUCCCCUUGGACAUCUACUUCUCGACGGCAGCAUCAAUUCUCCGUCCAGGGGCAUAUUUUUUGGUUACGAACAUGCAUGCUGAUAUGGGUCGAUUGAGUCAAGCCGGCUUUGUGGAUUCCGUUACCGGUAAGAAAGUUCGUCCAUCGAGGAGUUAUGCGCAUGAUGCUGGGGAUAUUUUGGUGGAGGCUGCGAGGGCCGGAUUUGAGGUUCUUUCGUUGCCGUCUACUGUGAAUACAUCGACUGGUUCUGAGAUCGAGGGUGUGCUGGAGAGGAAAGUAACACAGGAUAUGGUUGAGAUGCUUGGACCGAGGUCGAAAAAGUAUGUCGGUGUUACUGUCUGGUUGGGUGUAUGUUUUAGAAAAGUCUGA